AUGAAGCUCAACAUCUCCUACCCGGCCAAUGGGUCCCAGAAAAUUAUCGAGAUCGAUGAUGAGCGCAAGCUCCGUCCCUUCAUGGAGAAGCGCAUGGGCACCGAAGUUGCCGGCGAUGCUCUCGGUGACGAGUUCAACGGUUACGUGUUCAAGAUUACCGGUGGUAACGACAAGCAGGGUUUCCCCAUGAAGCAGGGUGUUCUCCUCCCCACCCGUACCCGUCUGCUCCUUGCCGACGGCCACAGCUGCUACCGUCCCCGCCGCACCGGUGAGCGCAAGCGCAAGUCCGUCCGUGGCGCCAUCACCGGUCUGGACCUUGCCGUCCUUGCUCUCUCCAUCGUCAAGCAGGGCGAGGGCGAGCUCCCCGGCCUCACCGACACCGUUGUCCCCAAGCGUCUCGGCCCCAAGCGUGCCACCAAGAUCCGUCGCUUCUUCGGUCUCGACAAGAAGGACGACGUCCGCAAGUUCGUCAUCCGCCGUACCGUCACCAAGGAGGGCAAGAAGGAUUACACCAAGGCCCCCAAGAUCCAGCGUCUGGUUACCCCCCAGCGUCUCCAGCGCAAGCGCCAACGCGUUGCCAUCAAGCGCCGCCGUGCUGAGACUGCCCGUGAUGCUGCUAACGACUACGCUAAGCUCCUUGCCGGCCGUGUCCACGAGGAGAAGGCCAAGCGUGAUGAGCUCCGCAAGCGGAGAGCUUCUUCCAUGCGGAAGUAA